AUGGCACAGACGCCUGCUGGCCUAAAUAUGCUCACAAUCUUCGUGAGUCGCGCGUCGACGCUGAAGUACGAGAACGUGCCGGAUGACGAGCGUCCAACGCCUGAUGAGUUGUCUCAGUGCCGCCUAUAUGGUGUAGAAGAGGUGACAUUCCGAGAGGUCAAUAGCGCCACCCUGGCGGUCCUGCAAGUCCUCUUCGAGCCCACGACGCUACAGAAAAUCACGCUGCUCGGGGAGAAAAGUUGGUACUGGCAGAGCGACAGCUUCUUUGUGUCGUUUAAUGUCUUUCUGGAAACAACCUGCCAAGGAAUUACGCAUCUGUCAUUGAACACUGGAUACCUCGGGCGCGGCUCUAUCAUAGAUGGCUGCGCUCUCACUGCGCUGCGCUCACUUUCCCGCCUCGAGAUUCUCGAGUUGAAUAUCCCGCGAAAUCUUAUCCUCUCUGCGUCGGUACAGUUUGACAAGGCACUCGCGCAUGCACCCGAGACACUGAGCCACCUGCGUCUGAACCUUUCACCCAUGGCAUUCGAAGUUCUCUUUCGGCCUUCUCCACGCAAUAUCGCGCACGUCUCGCAGCUGAUGGACACGCUGCGAAGUGUACGGUUCACAAUUCUCGUGCACUCAUUCGAGAGCCAUAGCGAGGUGGACGUCUGGCGGGGGUGGCUGGAGCGAGUGCUCCCCGCUCACUUGCAAGGCUGCUAUACACUGACCGUGGAACGAGACACCUAA